AUGGAUACGCCAGUUUUACUAAUAUUCUAUAUCAAAACAUCCUCAGAUUCUUCCGAUAUUCGUUCGGUUGUGAUCAAAGAUUAUUUUUCCAAGUUAACCACCAAUGUCAAAGUCCUUUAUCCCACGCAAAUUCAUUCCGGACUUUUAUUAUGUAAAUCCAAACGCACGGAAGAGAAACUCCUCAAUAUGCGUCAUACGCUUUCCAAUGGCUCAACAAUUCACUUAUCUCAUCCGCCUUGUUCUCUAUUUCAACAAACUAAAUGCUUUUUUGACUCACAUCUGAAGCAAUUCAAUGAAAUUCGCUCACAUUUACAACAAUGUUUACCAUUUCUCCAUACUUCCAGCGGAAAAAGUGAAAUGACUUCCGACGGAUCAAUUCUAUUAGAAGGUCAUAUUUUCAUAUUGAAUUCAAUUCAUUCAUAUCUCCUUCAUAAAGCGGCACAAAAACAGCAAACAAAUCUUCCUGACUCCUAUGAGUUACGCAGUGGUAACUUGACUAUCACGGUCAUGAGCGGAAAACUAAUGGAACAAAAUGUUGAUAGUAUUUUAAUUCCAAUGAAUAGCCGUUAUAAAAUCCAUGCAGCGAUCGAUGAACAAAUUCGAGCAUUUGGAAAAACGAAUCUAGCCAGUUAUCUACGAGAAUCAGCACAACGAGAUACACGGGUGUUUGACGGCAAAAUUAUUAUCUAUCCCAAUCGUGAAUUUCCCAUUCCAGCCAAGGUCUUAAUCAUAUUCGUUGUUCCACGUUUGAUCAAUGAUGAAACUACUAAGGAGAAGUAUCCUAUCAACUCGUAUCAGUCGACUUAUGAACAAAUUAUUCUUAAUACUUUGCAAACGAUCGAUCAAAGUGGAAUAACAAGUCUUGCUAUGCCAGUUCUUGAGCCGAGUGUCAAAUCGUUUCCGGAGAGACGCCCUGCGAACGAAAUGGCAGUUCGAGCGAUGGUCAGUGCAUUUCGACGAUUUUCCAUGAAUUCUUCGAUAAAAUUAAAACGAAUUCUUGUUGUUGAUCAUCAUGUGCAAAUCACGCGAAUGAGCAAACGUGUCAAACAGUAUCAAAGUCGAACGCAGACAAAGGCGAGCACGAACGUGAAUUUCACAGCUGAUGAUGAACAGACAUUUGCCAAUGUUUUCGGUGUGCCGAAAGUUUCCGAUGUUCCAUCGAGUGCGGGUGAAAGUGACGAAGAAGCUGAAUCCGAGGAGUAUCAAUUACCUUACACAGAUCAUGCAAGAUCGUAA